AUGUAUCAAUUCUGGAAAGAAUAUGGAAAUGAAUUAAUGUUUGUCACAGGUGCACCUCUUUCAAAUUUGGGAACGUUUAUUGAGAAGUAUUCGCACGAAAUGAAUGAACAGAAUAGGAUUGGAUUGUGUGUCAUUCAGGGAGGAUUUGCUGGAGAUAAUGUAGUUCCAUCUCAGUUUCGACUUUCAAAAUUUGCAGGAAAAACAAAAUUGUCAACCUAUAACUUUGGAGGUAAUAUUAAGGCAGCAAAGACAGUUCUAAAUUGCCCCUUCAUUGACAAGAGAUUAUUAGUGUCAAAGAACGUGUGUCAUGGGGUCGUUUAUGGACAAGAUCGACACAUGCAGCUUAAAGAGCGAUUGUCACAAUUAGAGCUCUCUAGAGCGUCCUUCAGUUCACAACAGCACCUUUCAUUUAUUGGGCUAAACUUAACGUUCAAAGGAAUGCAGAAGUAUUUGGAAAAGAACACGGAUGGCAAAAAGUUCCAUGAUGUCCUUGCCGGAUGCGUUUCUGUCGAGCCAAAUAUUUGCAUUUUCAAGAGAGUGGAGAUCACAGAAGAAAAGAACCAAUGGGGAUCACAAGAAAGCAUCAACUCCAACACCUUCAUUAGCGUUGCUGUUAACUUGAAAGAGUUUUUCGAUGUGAUGAUGAUGAAGGAAUAUCUUUGA